UCCAUUUCCAUACGUAGAAGAUACGGCGUUUUGCAAUUAAAUCCGUAUGGUUAUCCCUUUCAAAAUAUUAAUUUCCCUGUGAAACAUAAGUGGAAUAUAUUAUAAGUGAGUUAUUUUAGCAGUUGGUGUUAUUAAUACGAACCAAGAGAAUGCCACCUAAAAAAGUAGAAGAACCUGAAAAGAAGCCUUUGAUUGGUAGAGUGGGCACCAAUUUGAAAGUGGGCAUUGUGGGUAUACCCAAUGUGGGCAAGUCUACGUUCUUCAAUGUCCUGACCAAAAGCCAGGCUGCUGCGGAGAACUUCCCCUUCUGCACCAUUGAUCCUAAUGAAAGCAGGGUACCGGUCCCGGAUGAGCGAUAUGACUACCUCUGCGAGUAUCACAAACCGGCAAGCAAAGUGCCUGCGUUCCUGAACGUGGUGGACAUCGCGGGUCUCGUGAAGGGCGCGGCGGAGGGCCAGGGGCUGGGCAACGCUUUCCUGUCCCACAUCAAGGCUUGCGACGCCAUUCUCAAUCUUUGCCGUGCUUUUGACGACGAAGACGUGAUCCACGUGGACGGCGAAGUGAACCCCGUGCGUGACUUGGAGACAAUCGGCGAAGAGUUGCGCCUGAAGGAUGAGGAACAACUCAUGAGCUCGCUCGAAAAGUUGGAGCGUACCGUGUGCCGCGGCGCUGACAAGAAACUCAAGCCUGAAUACGACGCCCUGUUAAGGAUAAAGGCUGUUUUAGUUGAUGAAAAGAAACACAUACGGUUCGGAGACUGGAGUGCAGCUGAUAUAGAAAUACUAAACAAAUACUUGUUCAUCACAUCGAAACCAGCGCUUUAUCUCGUCAACUUGUCUGAGAAGGAUUACAUUAGAAAGAAGAAUAAAUGGUUACCCAAACUGAAGGAAUGGAUCGACAAGAACGACCCGGGAGCGCCGCUUAUCCCCUUCUCCGGUGUGCUGGAGACCAAGCUCAUGGAUAUGGAGCCCGCCGAGAAGCAAGCCUUCCUCAAGGAACACGGCAUCACCAGUGCAUUGGACAAAAUCAUCGUAGCUGGCUACAAGGCUCUGCAGUUGGAGUACUUCUUCACAGCCGGCGCUGACGAGGUCAAGGCCUGGAUCAUUCAGAAAGGCACAAAAGCGCCACAGGCCGCGGGUCGCAUUCACACCGACUUCGAAAAAGGGUUCAUCAUGGCCGAGGUCAUGCACUACAAGGACUUCAAGGAGGAAGGCUCCGAAGCCGCCUGCAAGUCUGCCGGCAAAUACCGACAACAGGGUCGUAACUACAUGGUAGAGGAUGGAGACAUCAUCUUCUUCAAAUUCAACGCCGGCGCCGGUCUCAAGGACGCCAAGAAGAAAUGACGUGACAAAGUCCUGCUUCUGUUAGUACAUUUCCUGUACUUAAACUUGGUUCUCUAUACUCUGAUGCACGUCGCCUGAAUUUUAAUUUUUUUUUAUUUACAAAUAAGUUUUCAAUAAGUGAAUCCGUAUUUAUAUUGAACGUCUAUGUAAUAAUAAUAAUAAAGCUUGUUGAAGUUUGUAA